CGACAUAACAUUACCUAAUAAUUUCUUUUAAUCCCCGAGGACAAGGGAAAAAUGGUUCUAGUGCAACGGAUAGAUAUCAGACAAAAUAGAUUUCGUAGGAAAGCGAUUCCCCGAUUUGGAUCAGCCGUCUUGAAAGUGAAUUCUUAUCCAAAACAAUGCCAACAUACUGAUCAGGCGACUUCUUAAUGAACGUUCUUCUGGAAGGUGAAAUUAAUCCAUCUUCAACAUGCAUUCGGCUGUGAUUAUCCCAAAUUUUGCAAGUAGAUCAAAUGUGUAUACAAGGGGACAUGGUGGUCAAAAUUACCGCAUUCCUGUCAUUUGGAAGAAAGAUUCACAUGGUUUUGUUAAGUGGGUACCCUCGUUUACUGAUUUCCUUUCAACUAGAAAAAAACCCAACUGCAGAGUUCGUCGCGUAGAGAAUGAAAAAGUUAACCCAAUUCAAGGAAAGCGAAAAGAAGCAGAUGGUGUAAGUAGCAAUCAUUGCAGUGACAACAUAGAUAAGGAAGCUUUAAAUAUUAGCACAAGCUUUGAUUGGGAGUGGCUUCCAGCAUUUCCACACGUGCUCAUGGCAUCUGUUUCCAAUGUUUUGUUUGGAUAUCACAUCGGGGUAAUGAAUGGCCCGAUCAUAUCUAUUGCACAUGAACUAGGAUUUGAAGGAAAUCAACUUAUGGAGGGGCUUGUAGUAAGCAUAUUUGUAGUUGCUGCUUUUUUUGGUAGCUUUGGUACUACUGUACUUGCAGAUAAGAUAGGUCGUCAGCGUACCUUGCAAUUGGAUGCAAUUCCUUUGAUAUUUGGAGCCCUUGUAAGUGCAGAGGCGAACUCAUUGAAUGAAAUGAUUUUGGGAAGAUUUCUGGUGGGAUUGGGCAUUGGAGCAAACACUGUCUUGGUGCCUAUUUACAUCUCAGAGGUAUCUCCAACAAAGUAUAGAGGUUCAUUGGGAACUAUAUCUCAACUUGGAACAUGUGUUGGACUGAUAGUAGCAUUAGCAUUAGGAGUACCUUGUGAAUCAGAUUCUCAUUGGUGGAGGGCAAUGUUUCGUAUUGCAAGUGUGAUAGGGUGCUUACUGAUAAUUGGCAUGCAAUUUGUAGCUGAAAGUCCUCGCUGGCUUGGUAAAGUUGGAAGAUGGGAAGAAGCCAAAAUAGUCAUUUCCCAGCUCUGGGGAAGUUCUCAAGUUGAGAGUGCUAUAAAAGAGUUAAAAGAUGCAAACAACUUGGACAGAAGUUAUGAAGAGAGUAAUUGGUCAGAUCUACUCACAAAAAGGCACUAUAAAGCUCCUGCUAUAGGGGGCACCCUUUUUUUCCUUCAACAAUUCGCUGGUAUCAAUGGUGUUCUUUACUUUUCAUCCUUGACAUUUGCUGAUGUGGGCAUCAGUAACAAUACAGUUGCUAGUAUUGCACUUGGAAUUGCCAAUUUUGCGGGGGCCAUUAUUGCUCUUUACUUGAUGGAUAAACAAGGGAGGCGUAAUCUCCUUAUGGGAAGUUAUAUAGGAAUGGCAAGUUCUAUGUUCUUGCUAAUUAUUCCAUUUGGUGUACCACUCAAUGAACAGACAAGUCAUUUUCUUUCGAUUUUUGGAACUCUCAUGUAUGUCUUCACGUUUGCCAUUGGUGCUGGACCAAUAACUGGUCUUAUCAUACCAGAGUUGAGUAGCACUCGAACACGUGCAAAGACCAUGGCAUUUAGUUUGUGUGUUCAUUGGGUUUUCAAUUUUGUUGUGGGAUUGCUCUUUCUUGAUACGGUGGAAAAGUUUGGGCUAACGGCUGUCUAUUCAAGCUUUGGCAUAGUCUCCUUGUUGGCGGUGGCAUUUACUUACUAUUAUGUAAGUGAAACUAAAGGCCGCAGUCUGGAGGAGAUAGAGUUUCUGUUGAACCCUGAAUUGGAGCGGAGGGACUAGGAUAAUUAGUUUGUAGGGGAUAAAGCAACCUAAAAUCUGGUUGGCCAAGGAUUUAUGUUGUCAUGUCUGGUGUAUCGAAUAUGAACAUUUCAGAGUGCUUCAAGUUUUGUACAGGUUAUCUUGAAAUUUUGAUUAUGCUGGAUUGUAAUUCCAAUUAACAAAAAAUAUAUAAACGUUCCUUGCUGAA